AUGGGAGUCAGGAGCAACCCAGCGAAAUCCCCUCGGCCUCAAUAUCUUCCCCUCCCUCCCCAUCUCCCACCAACGUUCAGUUUGCUUAGCUCAGUUCCACAGCAGAGCGAUUCCAUGGGCAGCACUGAUGCUCACUGCAGUGGAAGAGCUAAGACCCGGCCUGCAUUAGGCUGAACUCCGUCUGGGGGUUUAAUAUCGAUGAGAGCACAGCUGUGGGGUGCAGCUGAACCACAUCUGCAUCCCUGCUGGGUGACGGAGCUGCAGGACACGGGGAUGGUGAGAGCCUCACAGCAAUGUGGACGCGGAGGAUGCAGCCGGCGCCAGCGCUCUGCAAUGGCCUCUGUGCCACCCAAGAGGAAGAGGAAGACCAGAGCCACGCGACAGGGCCGUCACCAACAGCAGGCACCAUCCUUAUCGGCCGACAGAGGUAAACCCCUUGAAAAUAUUUCAUCUACCUCUGAAGUGAAGCUUGACAAAGCCAGGCCUCAUGAGAACAGAAUGAGUGGUAAGGCAAACCCUCAAGAAAAGCAGCCAGAAGAACUGAUACGACAAGUUCCAAUGGCAUCAGGACCAUACUUUUAUGUCAGUGGAUCUAAUGGAGCAGGACUUGUGAGCAUCUAUUGCCAGAGCAGAGGCUGGCAGCGUAUCUAUGACAACAGAAGACAGGAUUACGCACUGAAAUGGUGUGAGAUCAAGUGCCGAGAGACCUAUUACCAUUUCAAAGAAGGCGAGCAACUGCUCUACCAGAUUCCCAACAACAGUGUCCUCACCAGCAAGACUGGGCUUUUGUCCUGCCUGCGAGAGCAAGAGCGAGUGAUGAAGAAGAUCAACAGGAGCUCUAAUCCCAAGUUACUGAAGAUGAAAGAAUUCUUUCCAGAAUCUUUUCGCCUGGACUUAAAAGAAGAGAGAAAUGCCUUUUUUGAGCUUUGCAGAGAAGAGGAGAUUUGGAUCUGCAAACCGAGCUGCUCUAACCAAGGGCGAGGAAUUUUCCUGCUGAAAAAUCCCGGUGCUGUCACCAGCCUGCAAGCCAAGCUCUGCAGCUCUGAGAGAGACCUACCCAGUAAGAGGGUGCCCUGUGGGGCUCCCCAGACAAGAAUAGUGCAAAGGUACAUUGACCAACCUCUGCUCCUGGAAGGGAAGAAGUUUGACGUCCGUUCCUACCUCCUCAUUGCCUGCACAGCACCGUAUGUGUUGUUUUUUGCCCAGGGCUACGUCCGGCUGACCUGUAGCAAUUACGACGCCACAUCUGACGAUCUGACUGUCCAUCUCACCAACCAGUACGUGCAGAAGAAGAACUCCCUCUAUGGCCAGCUGAAGGAUGAGACAGUUUGGCAGAUGGAGCAUUUCAACAGCUACGUUAAUGAGAAGUUUGGGAAAACCAAUGGCCUCCCACAGGACUGGGUUUUCACUGUGUUUACUAAAAGGAUGCAGCAAAUCAUGUUGCAGUGCUUCCUGGCAGCCAAGCACAAACUGGAUCGUAAACUGGGCUACUUUGAUCUCAUUGGCUGUGACUUUUUGAUUGAUGAAAACUUUAAGGUCUGGCUUCUAGAGAUGAAUGCAAACCCUGCAUUGCACACCAACUGCAAAGUCUUGAGAGACAUCAUCCCCAGCAUCAUCCACGAGAGUCUCGAUCUGGUUCUCGAGAUCUUCACCAAGUGCCUCAAGGGACAGAAGGUGCUGCCUUUGAAGACACUCUGCCGCUUUGUGCUUCUCUACAAUGAGGAUGCUGCAGACCUGGGCCAGAAGCCACCUCGGAAGCUCAGCACCAGGUCGUUCACAGGAAGGUACCUGAGGCCACACACAGACAGCACCAGGCACUUCAGGUACAGCCCUGCCAAAACUGCAGGCCUGUCCCCAGCAGCUCAGCUGCUUCAGAAGAAAGAGUGCCUUGCUGCCUACAAAGGGCUGUCGGCGAGCUGUCCUAACCAUGCUGCACGUGCAACAGUUUGAUCUCCACAGAUAACCACACUGAGUCACAGAGCAAGAGGGUUUUCACAACUUCAGAGAGACAGGAAGAAAAUAAAAGUUAAGCUCUAUGUGCUACGCAUGUUAUGCUCUUUUUCACCCGGUAGAAACAGACUGGUAUCAACCUCAGCUAAGAAAACCAGUAACUGUGAGUGCCAAUAGUUCUGUAGAAAGCAACGCUUCCAUCAGUCAGCCAACAGAGAAGUUACAGAAAACGAGACACACCAAACCCCAUCCUUCCAAAAGCAAUGCUGACCUGACACUGCAACCCAGAACACUCAAUAAAGUCCUUUUAU